GAAAGUAAUAUGAACAAUCAUCAAACGACGCAGGUGUUGAAGCAACUAGAGCCAUGGUGUGAGCUUAAAGACAGAGUGGUUCUUCUGACAGGAGCUUCUUCUGGUAUUGGACGAGAGGUCUGUCUUGAUCUUGGCAAAGCCGGUUGUAAGAUUAUCGCAGCAGCUCGUCGCGUCGACCGUCUUGAAUCUCUCUGCUCUGAAAUCAACAGCUUAAGUUCAACCGGAAUAAUAUUAGCCGCACCUCUCGAGCUAGACGUUUCAUCAGACGCAGCCACCAUUCAGAAAGCGGUCAAACAAGCUUGGGACAUCUUUGGAAAGAUAGAUGUGUUGAUCAACAAUGCUGGAAUCAGAGGCAAUGUCAAGACGUGUUUGGACUUGUCUGAAGACGAGUGGGACAGAGUCUUCAGAACUAACUUAACCGGAGUUUGGUUAGUAUCCAAAUACGUCUGCAGUUUAAUGAGGGACGCAAAACGCGGAGGCUCGGUGAUAAACGUCUCGUCCAUCGCCGGUCUCAACCGCGUUAUGUUUUUCGGUGGAGUCGCCUAUGCUUGUUCCAAAGGCGGUGUUGACACCAUGACAAGGAUGAUGGCUAUUGAGUUAGGUGUUUACAACAUAAGAGUGAACUCUAUCGCACCGGGGCUUCUUCAGUCAGAGAUCACGCAAGGUCUUAUGCAAAAAGAGUGGCUCAAGAACGUGGCCGAUAGGAUUAUACCGUUAAAGGUGCAACAGACCGUGGAUCCUGGGCUUACCUCGCUUGUUCGUUAUCUCAUUCAUGACUCUUCUCGAUAUGUCUCCGGAAAUAUAUACAUUCUUGACUCUGGAACUACAUUACCUGGCCUGCCCAUUUUUUCUUCUCUCUGAGUCUCAAAGCCCGUGUGUUGUAAUAAAAACAAUUAGAGCUUGAUCCAUGCACCAAUGCAGAUGUUGUGUUUUACCCUUUUUUAUAAAUUGUUUGAUGACAUUUAUAAAAUAUAUAUGUCAUUUGGAUAAUUUUAGGUUCUACCACAUUAUAACUGAAUUCAUCCGAAUUCAAGAGGACCCGACUCGAAUUCUGUCCAUAAAUUUAUAGUAUUUUUAAACAGAAUCUAAUUUUAAACCAAAAAAUUCUUAUACAUGAAAGAACUGAUUCCUAUCUGAACAAAUACCUAAAUAUACAAGCAUAUCUGAUUCUGUAAACAAAUAAAAAGUUCUUUGUAAAUAUAUUUGAGUUCUUGUCAAUGGAACAACCAAUAUUACUAAAACUGAAGCAUCUUUUGAAAAUAACCCUUCUUCCAUCUUAAUAAUUACAAAUUGUGCCACUUAAUUAAUAAAUAUGAAUUAAUUAACCACAAAUCAUUAUUUUCUUAGAUUCUUUUAUAGCCAAACUUACAAAACUUAAUUAAUUAACCACAUUUCAUUUAUUUUUGGUAGAAUUUCUCUAACCAAACUUAAUAUAUUUACUAAACCUACGAUUAUUCUUUAACCGAAUUAUUCGUUAACCAAGUUUUACAAUAAAAUUAAAUAGAUUUAUCUAAAUGUGACUACAAAUUUUAAAUGUUACAUAUUAAUUAAUAUGUAAAUUAUUAUUCCAUUUCACAAACAAAAUAUAAACUAUAAAUGUUUUAUUAAAAAUACAAAGUUAAUUUUCAAAUAUAUGUUAAAUAAUUUGAUGAUUAAUAUAAUUAACACCUAUAUUUUUGAAGUAUAAGAAUGCAAAAAAUAAAUUUCAAUCAAAAAAUUUCAUUAAAAGUAAACAUAGAAGUGAAAUUUAGUUGGCAUAUAAAAAAAUUUAGAGACAUAUCUAUCUAUCUUAUUAAAAAAUAAAUACUUUUUUAUUUUAUUUUGGAAAGAUAAAUUUAUUUCUUUGUUAACAAAUAAGGAUUUAUUGAUAUACAUAAACAUAAUUAUAGGUGCUUUAAUCUAUAAAUAAAUACAUCAAAAAUGGUUACUAUAAUUUAUUAAUAUACGAAUAUGUUAUAUAAUAUAUCAUUUUGAUUGGUUUUAUAUCAAACCGUAAUAUGAGCAAUAAAAAAUACAGACUAUUAAAAACCAUCAAUCUAUCAUAAAUUUUAUGUAUUAAAAAUACUCAAAACGCGCAUAUAUAUGUAUGUUUGUGAAACCAUUAGAUUUUUAUGUUGUGAAGAAUUUCAUUUGUCUAUACAAUUAAAACAAACAUCUGUGUGGGUGCAUAGGUCAAGAUCUAGUUGCAUUUAAUCCUGUGAAUUUAUUAUGGUUAACAUGUAAAAUAAAUGAUGUUAAAUUAUUAUGAUAAAGAAAAUUAAUAAAAUAGUUAUGAAUAGUGAAAAAUGAAUGUCAAAGAU